CACCUUGCAUGCUCUUCCAUCCAAGCCCAUUUGCUACUGUAUUGAUAUUGAUCUGAGAUCUCCAAAACGAACCGCGCAACUCCACGGACAGUAACACCACCACCAUGACUUCUCGUCCCUGCAACAUCUUGUGCUUUGGCGACUCCCUCACCAGCGGGUACUGCGACUGGGGAUACACUUCCCACCCCUACUCCAUCUGUCUACAAGACCGCAUAGCCCAGGAGCUGCCGCCGGGCACACGAUUCGAGGUCUUCACAAACGGGGAACCAGGAGAAUGUGCCGGUGAAGACUCGUUCAGGUCCAGGCUGGAAGUGGAAUUAGAGAAAAGGACCUACGACUGGGUGAUCAUGCUCGGUGGGACAAAUGAUCUUGGCUCGUUCGUGUCGCCAGAGGACAUAUUUCAGGCUCUGCACGACCAUUGGCACCGCGUCCUUCGAAAAGGGUGCAAGAUCCUGGCCCUGACGAUUCCUGAGUGCGGCGCCCGGCACGAACGGCUGGAUCGCGCGAGGAAGAUUGUCAACGACCGUAUCAUGAGCUACCAGGCUGAGAACUACCAUGCCUUUGAUCUACGAUCACAUAUACCGUACCACUCUCUCACCGAAGAUGAGCAGGACACGCUGUGGGAUGAUGGUCUGCAUUUGACGGUGGAUGGGUACAACUGGAUGGGCGCCCAUAUCGCGGAUGCGUUCAUCCCCUUGCUCAAGCAGGACCUGCAAAAGACGACGAGCAAGGAUCGCUACUCAUCAAGCAAGCCGUCGUCGGCAGCGAGGAGGCCGACCAAGUACGAGGAUGACGACCGGGUCUUUGAAGAGGAGGGCGACGGCGCCGACAAACGAGACAUCAAGGCAGGUUACGUCGUCGUGAGGAAGAGGGACCUGGAGUGAAUGUAUACGCCAUGAUGCACGCUACUAGCGUCGCUUGCGAAAGAAAGCCCUGUCCUAUGCUGUGUUUUUGAAUG